AUGGCGAGUCUUCAGGAAGGCCCUCGGCCCAACUUUAAUUCCUCGCGACAGGACUGGUUGAGCUGCCCAAGACAUGACACUCAUCCACAGGCAAACGAGCUAGGUGCCCAUAUAGCCUGGGUUGGCAGUCCCAGAUUAUGCAAGGACUUCUUACCAGAGGAAUCAAGGAGAGACUCCAGGGCACUAGAUAAGCGUCCUGGUCUCGCUUCCAUAGAGCAAAACUGGCAGCAACAAAGGCUCUAUGGACACAGCUUCGUCCUUUUGCAUAGUCCACGAGACCUCAUUGCUAAAUACAUCAGGAGCCACCACCACUCUGCCAAUUAUCCAGUCCAGGCAAGUAUUGAAAAGUGUAGGUGCAAGGAUACAGCCUUGCCUCACCCCAGUACCAGUAUUAGGCUUGCUAAUAAGCCAAUAAAUGAUGCGGGCAAAAACCUUGAUUGUUAUACUGUGCAGUGUGAUGCCACAGUAGUUGCUAUAGUCCUGUCGACUCCCUUUCCCCUUCCAGAGAGGGAUGACCACGCCCCCAACAGGUCAGGGGGACUGGACCCAUAUUGCCAGAUACUGAAGUCUGCUAAACCAGACUUCAGCAAUUUAGCAGGGAUAUCACAUAUGCCUACAACUUUCCUAACCUCAUGUCCGAGCCCUGCGCCCCAAGGAACAGCACAGCCGAGUGUCAGUGUCCCAGAACUCAGCACUCCAGUAAACCUUACAGUUCUGGAGGAUCCUCCGGCAAGUGCUUGUAAGAAUGUAGUUGAUCUCCUUGGUUACAGUACCCAUAUCACUAUAACAUCUCCAGCGAAGCACUUCGACGGCCACCGAUUAUUGAACGAGAAACGGUUUGGCUUUCGGGCAGAGAGAUCAGCCUCUGACCUACUUCUCGUCCAGUCAUCGUCAUGGAGUCAAGCCCUAGAUGAUGGCCAAGACACUCAUGUUAUUGCAUUAGACAUCGCUGGUGCGUUCGACAGGGCGUGGCACCGUGGCAUCAUCAGCAAGCUAAGGAGCUUCGGCAUCAGUGGGGACCUCUUGGACCUUCUCCAAAACUAUCUCCAUGGAAGAUCACUUUCCGUGGUGGUGAACGGCCACUCCUCCACCGAGUGCCCCAUCAGUGCCUCCGUGCCCCAAGGUAGCGUCCUCGGACCUCUGCUUUGGAACGUCUUCUUUAAUGACAUCCUGCAACUCAUACCGGAGGCGUCCGCGUAUGCUGACGACUGCACGAUGUCAUUCACGUGUAAGCGAGACGACCAUCAGCGAACAAUAGCGCGCAUCAAUCAGACGCUUCAGAACCUUGUGGCGUGGAGCCGGAGAUGGCAGGUGACGCUGGCCCCGGAGAAGACACAGGCGAUGCUCGUCUCCCGUCGGAGGGACCUGGCCUCCUUGCUCGCUCCAAACAUCCUCCUCGACGGCAAAAGAUUGACUCUGCAGGACUCCAUCAAGAUCCUCGGAGUAGAGUUCGAUAGCGGCUUAACAUACACGCGUCACGUCCAGCAAGUGGCCAAGACAGCUGCAUGGAAGCUUGGAUGCAUCCGUCGCAUCAGCCAUCUCCUGGACGGGCCCGGUGUAGCAGCACUCUAUAAGUCGCAAGUUCGCAGUCUUAUGGAGUACAGUCCGCUCGUGUGGUCUGCCUGUCCGCCUUCAUAUCUUCUUCUACUGGAUCAGGUUCAGAGGAGGGCUGAAGCAAUCAUCCGCUACAAAACUCGGCAACCGCUGGAUGCCACACUUCAACCAUUGCAACACCGGCGCAAUGUUGGCGGCCUUUGUGUAAUGUAUAAGGUUAACGUAGUGCAGACUCCACAUCUAUCAAGCUUACGCCUUCCCGCUCCACACGACUCCAGCUACGACACCCUCCACCACGGACGCGAGCGACAAGAGCAAGUGCGUGUGCCCUUUGCCAGGACAGAGAUCCACCUGCGCUCAUUUCUGUCAAGAUAUGGGCGCCUCUGGAACAACAUGGUCAGGAAUACCAGCCUCCAUCACGCAACGUCUCUACAACAGUUCAAGAGUCGCGUCACCAUCUGGCUCCUCAACCAAUAG